UUCAGUAUGUGUUAAUCUUGUUUCAGCGACGGUGUGUUGGUACUCUAUGGUAUAAAAUUGUCGAAAGAUCCGAAAAUAAAAUGCAAAUGUUUACGAUACAAAAUUAGCUCAGGAAGGUAAUUUAUUUUGAAGAUAAUCUUUAUUCCUGCGAAAUGGAUGACGAACGUCACUGGUUUGAGAAAUUUUCUGUGUGCAUGGAAAGAAAUAUCAGGGGAGUUCAGUAUGGCAUCUAUUCUGUGGCUAUUGUGGGGUUGGCCGUGGCUCUACGAAGUGUGCGACCGUUGAAAAAGUUUACAUCUCCACGAGAGAUCCCUACUAGUUUCUUGGAGAAACACGUGACACUGAGUGGUAAGGUGGUGUGUGUGGAGACAUCCGUUGGAUCAUCACCUCUGCGGCUUCUGGUCGAUCACCACCCAGUUGUGGCCUGGCAGUUGAGACAGUCUUCCACAAAGUGCCUUCCUGUACACAUAUCUAGUGUGGACAUUCUCAACAACGGUUCGUCAUGGCUGCAGCAUGUUGUGGUAGGGACUAACAUCAGGUUCACUCUCCUCAAAGUGAAUCCCGAGUCUGUCUCCUGCAUCGUCGGUGCAAACACGAAAUGUGGAAAUGUGGGUGUGGAUCUGGUGUCCCUGGGGUUUGCUUCCGUGUCGGCACUCGACUUCCAGCUGGAGAAGGACCCCGAGUAUAUGAAGUACUACAAGAGACUCCUUGCGGCUGAAAAUCAGGCUGAAAAGGGGGGACUGGGCAUGUGGGCCGACGGCAAUGGCGGCUGGGCGGCUCGCCAGUGGAGGCGGCUCUGGGACAGACUCAGUUUCGCUUCUCUGUGGAGUAAAAUCAAGCACAGGGCUGUUGAGAGGCAGAUGGAGAAAGUUGUAAAAGUUUAAAUAGCAAUGGCGUAGUGAUCUGUCAGAUGGGGCAGAGCAAGUGCCAAAUUGGUAGUUUAUGUUACAACUAAAUGCCAGUAAGUGCCUGUAAGAAUUGACACUCAAUAAAGUGGCUUUAUGGCUUUGUCCUUCAAAUCUGUUUUCGCUUAUAUGAAGCGGUUGGAAACUUCGAUGCUUUACAUUUGGCCAAACGUGGCACGCGUGGAGACGUAAGAGGCACAUUUUGUAUUUCUGUUGAAAUUAAUUCUAUGGAUCACAGUUAUGACACUUUAUCAACUGCUGCCACAUGAAAGACUGAAUUGUAUUUUUAUCGUGAUUUGGCUUUAGAGCUUUCACGAAGCAUUUUUGUUAAAAGGCCCGCAGGCAUGUCCUCACAGCAGUGAAGGUAGAGGAGUGUGAACUAAUGUAUCUUCAUCUAAGACACAUUUACCUGAAAACAAGCAUGUAACAUUUUCCUUUUCAAAUAAAAAUUGAGAAUUAUUAGCUGAAUCAUUAUCAA